AUGGCGCAUUUGGUGACGAGAACUUCGGUGGCCCCGGAAAGGUUCAAGACUCUGCUUCCUUCACUGAGGCCCACCAUUUACCACGAUCCGAGUGCAAGCAAGGCUGCAAAUAAUAUCCGCACCAUUGCUUGGAACCCCUUGGGCAAUUAUAUUGCAACUGGUUGCGUGGACAAAACCUUGCGUGUUUGGAACAUAGAAAAGCCCAACGUUCGCAUGACAACGGAGCUGAAAGGGCAUGCAGCUUCUAUCGAGAAGGUCGCCUUCAACCCCGCAAGCGAACUGGAACUGUGUAGCGUCAGCAGCGAUGGCGUGGUGAGGUUCUGGGAUGUCAAGACGAAGACCAUCUUGAAUGAAGUCAAGGGUCUUGGCGAGACCUUCACCCUGGCCUGGGCUCCACGCGGAGAGUGUGUCGUCGUUGGUAACAAGGAUGACAAGUUGUUCGUGCUGUCACCCACUCAGAGCACGCCCCUUUCAGAACAUCAACAGCCUGUAGCAACGAACAAUACCACGUUCUGCUGGAGUGGUCAGAGGUUGUUCACCACCACGGGGGAGGGAAAGACGAGGAUCCUCUCUUUUCCCAGCUUCGAGCCGGCUUUCGAGUUUGACUACAAAGACGAGGAACACAAGGAGUUCCAGCUGACGGGCCACACCUCGUCGUGCAUUCUAGCCGAGCUACAUCCGUUCAACAGAUACCUCGCCACAGGAGGUACUGACUCGACCAUUGCCCUCUGGGAAACGGCGGAAUGGAACUGCGUCCGGACAGUUAGCAAGAUGACUGGCCCAGUCCGCAGUCUCAGCUUCUCUUGGGAUGGUCUCUAUAUCGUUGGCGGAAGCGAUGAAGGGGCCGGUCUGGAAGUUGCCAACGCAGAAACAGGCGAACACCUCUGCACCUACAAGACCAAGGACCCUUCUCCAGUUGUAGCUUGGGCGCCCAACCGCUAUGCACUUGCGUACACUGAUGCAGGGACCCUUCGGAUAAUAGGAGCUACGCCGGGUGGAAAAUAG